UCAUGUAACGCGGUCAUCUCUCCUUCCGACGACGCGUAACCGACACAACGUCCUUUCCCUGAUACAAAAGGCACAUUUGCUAUGCGGAACCAAGAGCCAUGAAAAUGCUUCGGUUCCGGAGCCCAAGCAUCUCGUCCCUGGCGCAGGAGGUCCAGUGCACGGUUCGGCUGCUGGACGACUCGGAAAUCUCGUGCAGCAUCCAGAGAGACACAAAAGGGCAGUUUGUCUUGGACCAUGUGUGUAACCAUUACAGUUUGCUGGAGAAAGAUUACUUUGGCAUCAGAUAUGUGGAUCCAGAGAAACAAAGGCAUUGGUUGGACCCAAGUAAACCAGUGGUGAAACAAAUGAAAUGUCAGCAACCAUACACAAUGUGCUUCAGGGUGAAGUUCUACCCUCAAGAGCCAAUCAAGAUCAAAGAAGAGUUGACAAGGUACCUGUUGUAUCUACAGAUGAAGCGAGAUGUUUACCACGGCAGGAUGUUAUGUCCAUUUGCUGAUGCUUCGUAUCUUGGAGCCUGUAUAGUACAGGCUGAGCUUGGUGAUUAUGAUCCUGAGGAACAUCCUACAGACUACAUCAACGACUUCAAGCUCUUCCCCAAACAGUCCCUCAAACUGGAACGCAAGAUCAUGGAGAUCCACCAGAAUGAGCUGAGGGGACAGUGUCCUGCACUUGCAGAAUUAAACCUUCUUCAGAGGGCGCACACAUUGGAUACGUAUGGAGUUGACCCACAUCCAUGCAAGGAUUUCACAGGAUCCACAGCCUUCCUGGGAUUCACUGCAAAAGGAUUUGUGGUUUUCCAGGGAAAUAAGCGGAUUCAUCUUUUAAAAUGGGCAGAUGUCAGCAAAUUUAAGUUUGAAGGGAAAACAUUCUAUGUGAUUGGAGUACAAAGAGAGAAGAAACUGGUUCUGACAUUCCACACCACCACACCAGCAGCCUGUAAACACCUGUGGAAAUGUGCCGUGGAAAAUCAGGCAUUUUACAAAUGCACAAAAUCAAGUCAGAUAAAGACCGUGUCCAGCAGCAGUAUAUUUUUCAAGGGAAGCAGAUUUCGUUACUGUGGACGGGUGGCUAAAGAAGUUAUUGAAGCCAGUUCAAAGAUUCAGAGAGAAGCACCAGUUGUAUACAGGUGUCAGUUUGGUCAAAGCAGAAGCUUUAUUUCUCUCAGUCAUAAACAGCUCAUAAUGAACAUGGAGCCUCUCUUACCAGCACUCAGUUCCAGCCGGGAACACAGAGACUCCUCAGCAGACAACGGACUCUUGGCUUUGAAAGACUCAGUUUGUCUGUCCCCGUUGAAACCGUCGGUCACACCUGAGGAGGUGGAGAUAGAGGAGAUUGAGAACCAUGUUCAGGAGAGACAAGAGAACGAGACCACCAAUAGGAUGAGAGUAGAGGAGGAAUGGAGAGAGAUACAUGAAGACACUGAAGACGAUGUGGCCAGCACUUUUACUAUCUCAGACACACCGUAUAGCCCCUGUGCAAGUCUGGUCCCGACACCAGUGGAGGAGGGCCAGAGUGGCUUAGACCUGCUGUUCCAGAGUCCUGCACGCUUGCUGAAGGAGCUUCACGCUGAUCCAGAGAUGCAGGCCAAGCUUCAAGCCGAGAAGGAACGGGAACUGGACAGAGAGGGAUUUCGCCAAUCCUUGUGCAGGCCGGCAAGUGGACAGCAGCAGAUGCAGGCCUGUCUGCGCAGUGCCGCCCGUCUAUUGGUGAUGGCAACUGGGCUUCUAAUGGUUCUUUUUCCUCUUCUCCUUGUACUGUUGGAAUCAGACCUGGACAUCUCAUUCCUGCAUGACAUUCGGCAGACGCCAGAGUUCGAGCAGUUCCACUACGAGUACUACUGCCCUCUGCGCCGCUGGUUUCUCUGCAGACUCGAACUCAUAAUGGAGCAACUAUGGGGUUGAGUCACUGAGUCACACAAGGAAUGGGGGGCGGGAAUGAGAUUAAAAAAAACAGGUUUUCUCUCCUACAUCACACUUAUUUAUUUAUUUUGCAAGUCAAACUCAUAAUUCUGUUAAGCCACAUGCUUGUUUAGGGAUGGAUGUUGAAGUUCUCGUAGCUGCGUGUAGAGCAUUAGUUUUAUUGUAUUUUAGCUGUAGCAGCAGACAUUGGACACCAGCAGGACAUACUGUACAAAAGGGCAUUUUAAAGGUCUUUAUUAAGCUUUAUUAUGGUUAUAAACAAAGUAUAGCGCUGAUAUCAAAUGCAUUGGAAUAUCAUUCAUUUCAACAUUUAUGGUGGAUGUGAAUGCUACUUUAAGAUUAUUUUCAUUCAUUUUAUAUGCACUUGGUCAAAAACUAACAAAACAGUAUCAGUUUCAGUAUGUAGAACUGGGUCAUUCUCAUGAAAUUGUGGCAUUUGUGACAGAAAAUGUUGAACUCUCCAAAACUCUAUUUUUCUAAGCUUUUACCCCAAUGCUAAAUAUGUGGUUACUGCCUUGCAAACAGAGUU